AUGGAGGCCAUCAAGAAAAAGAUGCAGAUGUUGAAACUGGACAAGGAGAACGCCAUCGACCGUGCAGAGCAAGCGGAGGCCGACAAGAAGCAGGCGGAAGACCGCUGCAAGCAGCUGGAGGAGGAACAACAGGGCCUGCAGAAGAAGCUGAAGGGCACAGAGGAUGAGGUGGAGAAGUACUCCGAGUCUGUCAAGGAGACCCAGGAAAAGCUGGAGCAGGCGGAGAAGAAAGCUACAGAUGCUGAGGCUGAAGUGGCUUCUCUGAAUCGCCGUAUCCAGCUGGUGGAGGAGGAGCUGGAUCAAGCUCAAGAACGCCUGGGCACUGCCCUGCAGAAGCUGGAGGAAGCUGAAAAGGCAGCUGAUGAGAGCGAAAGAGGUAUGAAGGUCAUUGAAAACAGGGCCAUGAAGGAUGAGGAGAAGAUGGAGCUCCAGGAAAUGCAGCUGAAGGAGGCGAAGCACAUAGCAGAGGAGGCUGACCGCAAAUACGAGGAGGUCGCCCGCAAGCUGGUUGUCCUUGAGGGAGAGCUGGAGCGCUCAGAGGAGAGGGCAGAGGUAGCAGAGAGUCGAGUGAGACAAUUGGAAGAAGAGCUGCGGACCAUGGACCAGACUCUCAAAUCCCUCAUUGCCUCAGAGGAAGAGUAUUCCACCAAGGAGGACAAGUAUGAGGAGGAAAUCAAGCUUCUAGGCGAAAAGCUGAAGGAGGCUGAGACCCGUGCGGAGUUUGCAGAGCGGUCUGUGGCGAAGCUGGAGAAAACCAUCGAUGAUCUAGAAGAUGAAGUGUAUGCGCAGAAGAUGAAGUACAAAUCCAUCAGCAAGGAGCUGGACAAUGCACUUAAUGACAUCACCUCCCUCUGAGCCCCCCACUGGGUGCUAGCACCGCACCCCCUC